AUGGCCCAAAGACGAGCAAUUGCCUGCACAAUCUGUGCCAAAGCAAAGACAAAGUGCGACAAAGCUUGCGAGCCAAGAUCAACUCGACGAACAUCAGAUAGCAAUUACCCCCGCCAAACAAAGAACAAGAUGGUGUCUCCCAAGAGAUACCCCUCAACCAACUCCAUCCCAACGAUGAGUCGUCACGGUUCACCACGAAGCGUCCCAUCUUCAAAUGGACACCUGCUCGUGAGAGCUGCUUCUCAAAUGGACAUGGCUACCGCUGUAAAAUUGGGUCACCAACCGGACUUCAACAGCAUGCAUAUGCUCACACCGCUCCCAACUUUCAGUCCUCAAAUCAUUGACGGUUGCUACUCGGAUUUUGGGAGCCCUGAGCAAGGCCUGGCAGUCUUUCCACAUCAAAUGGACAAAACCAGCUUCAUCAGUUCUGGGCGAUUAACACCCCAAACGCCAGAAUCCUUCACGUACGGCGAACCCCUUACAACGGACCCAUUCGAACCCUAUAUGAAUCCCCAGGCAUGGUCUGAUGAUGGUGCAAUGCCCAUUGGACUUGGCUUCGAGAACGAGAUCCCUGGACUGAUACCGAACGAGGCAGAUAUGCGAAUGUGGUCCCAGGAUGUUGAUGGUAACUCUACUCCAAUGGGUCAAAUGCGCACCUUCGAAUCGCCGGUUUGCGAAUCGCCUUCAUCAAUAAACGCCUGGCCAAGCCAAUCGUUGUCCGCAUCCCCUCCACAGCUGCCACAUACAAGGGCAGUCCCAUCUCUGUCUAUUAGCGAGUAUUCCGCUCCGGAUUCUGAUUCCCCGAGCGGUGUGCAAGACGAAUGGACAACCUUCCGAUGUAACGCGAAUAUCCCCAGCACUUCUGUAAACUACUAUGAUGGCAUCAAAGCAAUCCCGAACAACCACCCCCAAAUCUGGGAGGAAUCCAUGCUCUCGCGUACGUUCUCUAAAGCUGCUUCCGAUAAGUUCCUGAACCUCGACUCAAUUGAGGAUUCGCUUCGAGUAUCUGUCAUGGAUGUAGCUAACGGGUUCAUCCAACAGGCUCGUCAACUUUCUAAAUCCGCUCGGCUAUCGCCACCUUCGCUGCCCGCUAGGACAUCACCUGGCGGGGUGGACGGUAGCCUUCCUACUCCAUCUGCUACGGCAGUGGAGACUCUUUUGCGGUCUUAUAGCGCGCGAUUCGAGCCCUUCUACCCGACCUUUGCAGCGAAACAAAUGGAUAUCGCUAAUCUGCUCCAAUCCGACAUGCACAAACUUCACCUUCUUCUCAUUGUUGCGGCUGGGGCCUCUGCUACCCCGACUUCUCUCUUUACCAAUAUCUUGAUUGAGCCAGUUCGCAUCCUCCUUGAUGACUUCACAGCCAAAGACGUGUCUCUCUGGAGACAACCGGUGACCCUUAGGACUGCGCUGCUCUAUAUGAAUAUCGCGUUGUGGACGGACGAGAAAUGGCACACUGGCGCUGCUCUGAGCCAAUCAACUUCGUAUUUCCAGAUGGUCCGACGAUCCGGGUUCCUUGCGUACCGUGAAAAGUCGUUCCCCGAGUUAGGCCCCGAAAUUAGCUGGCAGAAGUGGCGGGAUCAUGAGGCUCUCAACAGGCUCGUGUAUUCCUGGGUCAUUGCCGACCAGGAGCUCAGUCUGUUCUACGAUAAGGCUCCCACCUUCUGCACCACCGAACUCACUGCUGCACUGCCUGAUCAAGAAAGCCUCUGGCAGGCCACUUCAGCUGAUGCCUGGUCCUCUGCAAACCCCAGCAGGACAAACACACCUCCUUCUCUCCAAGAUCUUUUCAAACGUCUUAUGAGCCAUACCCUUGUUAAUGAUCCCCGAGGACCAACGCGAUUUCAACUCCGUCUUCUUCUCCAUCCUCUUCAAGCACUCGUCCAUGAGAUACACCAAAGAAUUGCUUCUUCCACUAUCGAUCUUCCAGAAAAUCAUCUCGCCCAUAUGCGAGAAGUCCAGGAGAUACUCGGCGGCUGGUAUACGCUAGCCUGCAGACGGAUGCAAGCCGAGGGGCAAAUCUGCCCGGUCCUUUUAUCUAAUUUCAUCAUUUUUCAUCUGAUCUCUCUAAAAUCGAUGACGAACAUCCCCGAGGUCGAAAGCCUCGCCCGUGGCGAAGGUACACGAGAGCAGUUCAUGGCCACCACCUGGGCACGCACUCAAGCGCUUGGCAGCGCCCAACGCAUCUGGAAUCACUGUGGUCAGAUUGUUCGCCUUAUUCGUCUCCUUCCUGGGUCUCACCGGCCUCUGUGGAUCCCGGCCGUCGUCUACCGUGUAUGCUUACUCCUUUGGAGCACAAGCAUCGCAAAGCCACCGAUCAGAUCUACGCACGCUACGGUGACGCAAUUCUCGGGCCCCGUAUUCGCAAUCGAUUCCGUAUCACCCCACGACGAGACUCUUGUACGAUAUCUCAGCUUUGGGCAAGGAACGCCCAUGCUUUCUCUUCGAAAUGGAGUUUGGUUUUCCUUAACUUCUUCGCCAGUUGAUAUGCUGACGUAUUGCAUUGAGCUAAUUAAAGAGGAGGAGCUCAAUACGAAAUUUGGCCUCGGCAUCCGAAAUCGGUUGGAGCUUCUCAGGAAGAGUGUAAAAAGUCUAAGCCCGGUAUUUUGA